AUGGUUGAUAUGGACCUCCCCACAAGCGCCAACAAGGACCACAUACGACAUGGACUCGCGCUACUCGAUAUUGACGAUCCAGAGCUGGACUGGUACAGCGCGUAUUUGAACAACCCGCUGCCCCGAAGGGAUCGCACCUCCUCCCGUCUUGGCCUGGCUAUGCGCGCGCCACCACGAGACAGUCUCGGUUCCCCAGCACCCUCUCCCAUCAGCAGCAUUGGGGCACCCUCCUGGUCGACCGAUGAAUACGCGUCUUCUACAACUUCCAAAUCCACCACCUCAUAUAGCCAGUCUCGUCCAGCCGUGUCCAGGGAUCCAAGGACAUCGCUCGGGCGGUCGCUGCGCAGCAUUUCUAGCUCCAACAACAUGUCCCAAUACAGCCUGUAUCCCGCGCCGACAAAGCCUCUUCCUCCCAUCCCGCCACCUAAGAAUAACUUACAGCGUCACUACUCCAUCGACUCGAAUAGUUUAUCCUCCAUCAGCACAGCCCGCUCAUCGCGGUCAAAUUUCCAUCCAAUUUAUGCCGAGCCGGCCCAAUCCAGCCCUGCUACCGUUGCAUCGCCUAGUUUUGCAGUUGCGGAAAGCACAGACGAGUAUUCCUCGUUUCCCGAGAGAACCUGGGCGCCCUUGCAGAGGACGUUUAGUCAACGAUCCACCCCGAAAGCCCUGACUCUCCAUUUCUGGAAGAGCAUUGUUUCCGACGACAAGAAGCUUAACAAUAGCGUGCACUAUCUCGACAUAUCGCCUACCGGAACGGUUCUCGCGAGCAAACACGGGCAUAAUCUGAUCAAAAUAUGGUCCCUGGCCAGUGGCGAGCUUCAAAAUGCCAUCAAAUUCUCGUCGUACACCGAGGCAAGGUCCCGCUCCAGAGAUUACAUGAUCCGCAGCCACGCGAUUCUCUCUGAAGCAUCCAACUUGAUUGCCAUCGCCACCCGCUUCGGGCGCUCUGUCGAAAUUGUUAACUGGGCGAAAAAGAAGUCGAUUCAGACCAUUGGAGACGCCGACCGGUGGACCGCUGGUCGUUUUGACAUGUUCGACGGGGGAAGAUGUCCACUAGCCGUGUAUACGGCGGAAUCCGCGACAAUCGAGGUUUUUCAGGCCUCGCAGGAAAGAAAGAAGCCGCUUUACAAGCACUGCACCAUCGAGUUGGCCAAGGCCGGGCUGCCCUUUACCCCGGUACUCCCCGAGCUGGCAAUCUCGGCGACAAGCCCACUCGUGGUCGCCGCAGCAGGCCCAAGACCUCCGAUCGCUGGCCACCCUCCGCCGAAACGGGAGACCCUUCUCGUCGCGUGGGAAACGUCAGACGAGACCACCUCCAAGAAGCCCUAUCGAGUCGCGCGACCUUGGCAACACGAGGAACUUGACACUGCCGUCCCCAUUGACCUCGUCACUUACGGCAGCAUGGUCGUGUCCAUCUGGAUACCUGCCAGCUUCCGCGCCAUUCCAGUUCCCGCAACACGAAAAGGCUCAGGGUACAACUUGACCCGCGUCCAGGUGACAGAGCGUCAUGUGCUCGUCUGGGACUUGUCGGCCAACUCGACGCGGACAUUUCCAAUUCCUAACUGCGCCUCCUGCAUAUCUCCCGAUUGUCGACUCGUGGCCUAUUGCAACGGUGCAGGAUCUGAGAUUGGCGCCCGAGGCUCCAUUGUCAUACUCGAUGUCAUCACCGGGCAAGAGGCCUGGUGCUGGCCAGACAGGGAUGCAGUCAACAUACAGUCCAGUUUUGAUUCUGGAUUCAGACAGUUUAGUGACCUAGGCAGCGUUACGGAGCUUGCCUUCUCCGCCGACGGCCGUUUCUUAAUUGUGGGGGAUGCUGGAGGGCAGAUGGGGGUGUAUGAUGUGCGUUCAGCGUCAAACUGA